AUGGCAACCCUUAAGCCCCCUCCAGCGCAGCAUCGCUCAUCCUCAUCCUCACACACCCCAACCGGUCCACCAAAGGCUCCCCUCAAAGCCGAUCCCUCGGCCACCAUCGCAGACACCGCCAUCUUCCAGGGAACAUACCCCGUAACCAUCGGCGCGGGGACGGUCAUCCACCCCCGCGCGCGGUUCUACGCCUUCGAGGGCCCAAUCUCCGUCGGCGAUGGAUGUAUAAUCAGCGAGAAGGCAAUCAUUGGAGCCGCACCGGGUACAUCAGCAUCGACGAGGCCGUCACCGUCUUCUUCGACGGGCCCGUCUCCCACAUCUUCAUCUACGGACGUCACAUUCUCUGCGCCGCAAAUACAAGGACAAGGCCCGGGACAAGAUAACGCUACCCGCAUCUCAUACUUUGUAACCAUCGGCCCUCACUCCACGGUGCUUCCUGGUGCAAAUAUCCAUUCCUCCGCUACAAUCGAGACCCUCGUCACGAUAAACCGAUACGCAGACGUGGGCGCACACUCCAAGGUUUGCUCCGGUUGCCAGGUCCCUGUCAACGGGUCUGUUCCUGAGUGGACGGUCGUAUGGGGCUCUGGAGUGGGACAACGACGGAAACGAGCGCGUUUGGGGAGGGAGCCCGCGCCGGCGGUUGUGGUUGCGGCUCAGGUUGCGCAAUUGCCCGUCCCGCCGCCAGCUCCGGAAGGGAAGAUCAUUGAGGAUGCAAGGUUGAUGGUUCUUCAGAAGGAGAGAGAGGUGUUGGGGAGGAUGAUUGUGCCUGCUGGAGCUGGGAAAAAGAAAUAG